UGUUAUUUCUUGUGUUUUGUGCCGCCUAGGAAUUGAAAUUUGCAACCAUUUGCAAGCCUUUCGCAAUCAAUAAUUAGAAAAGCUAUUAUUUGUGGCACACUUUGAUUGUAUAAAGCGUGUGCACAAAUUCAAAUCUUUGAAAACAAAAACAAUCGAAAAUACGGCAAGAGAGUGAGAGAGCGACGCAUUCAGAGCAGAGUCCGCCCGCGUGCCAGUACAUGUGUGUGUGUGUUGUGUAUGAGUAUCGCCCGUGUGUGUAUGAAUGAAGCUGGCAUGUGUAUGCGUGUCUGUAAAUGUGUGUGUGUUUUUGUACGGUUGGAAAUUGUGUGAUUAACUGCAGUCAGCCUCGUCUGGUAGUCAUUCAAAAGUAGUAUUAAAACGGCGGUGGCAGCAACAAUUCGAGUCAUCCAACUGCUACGGCGACGCACCAAACAUUGAGCCGUUAAAACAACAGUCCCAGCUCCAGUUCCAGUCCCAGCAGCAGCAGCAUCAGCAUCAGCAAAGAGACAAUAAACACCCACGACGACAUCAACAACCGACAACAAGAACAACAACAAUAGGAGCACCAGCAGCAGCAACAUCAACCGUGGACAGUUUUAGUUGAAGUUCAAUUUUCCAGUUGGUGCACAAAAUGGAUAGCAAAGGCCGAAAAGUUAUUGUUUGUGAUAACGGCACUGGGUUCGUGAAAUGCGGAUAUGCCGGCAGCAAUUUUCCCGCGCACAUUUUCCCAUCGAUGGUUGGUCGACCAAUAAUACGGGCGGUCAACAAAAUUGGUGACAUCGAAGUCAAGGAUUUACAUGUCGAUGAUCUGAUGGUCGGCGAUGAAGCCUCAAAGCUGCGCUCACUACUGGAGGUCUCCUAUCCCAUGGAGAACGGUGUGGUCCGGAAUUGGGACGAUAUGUGUCACGUGUGGGACUAUACGUUCGGGCCCAAGAAAAUGGAUAUUGAUCCGACGAACACAAAGAUCUUGCUGACUGAACCCCCCAUGAAUCCCACAAAGAAUCGCGAAAAGAUGAUCGAGGUGAUGUUUGAGAAAUACGGUUUCGAUGCCACGUAUAUUGCCAUACAGGCAGUAUUAACGCUGUACGCCCAGGGUCUCAUAUCCGGCGUGGUGAUCGACUCUGGUGAUGGCGUCACGCACAUCUGUCCAGUCUAUGAGGAGUUCUCGCUGCCACAUUUAACGAGGCGUCUGGAUAUUGCGGGUCGAGAUAUAACGCGCUAUUUGAUUAAGUUACUUUUACUACGUGGCUAUGCUUUUAAUCAUUCCGCUGACUUUGAAACGGUGCGCAUCAUGAAGGAGAAACUCUGCUAUAUUGGCUACGACAUUGAGAUGGAGCAACGGUUGGCAUUGGAGACCACGGUGCUGGUGGAAUCCUAUACGUUACCCGAUGGCCGUGUGAUCAAAGUGGGUGGUGAGCGAUUCGAAGCGCCUGAGGCGCUAUUCCAACCGCAUUUAAUAAACGUUGAGGGACCCGGCAUUGCGGAACUGGCCUUCAACACGAUACAGGCGGCGGACAUUGACAUACGACCCGAGCUCUAUAAGCACAUAGUGCUGUCCGGCGGCUCGACCAUGUAUCCGGGUCUGCCCAGUCGCCUGGAGCGUGAAAUAAAGCAGUUGUAUUUGGAGCGGGUACUCAAGAACGAUACGGAAAAAUUGGCGAAAUUCAAAAUACGCAUUGAGGAUCCGCCGCGUCGCAAAGAUAUGGUUUUCAUUGGUGGCGCUGUAUUGGCUGAGGUAACGAAAGAUCGCGAUGGCUUCUGGAUGUCCAAACAGGAGUAUCAGGAACAGGGACUAAAAGUAUUGCAGAAGCUGCAGAAGAUCAGCAAAUAAAGCAAUAACAACCAUAACAACAUCAACAACAAGAACCGCAACAACAACAACAACAAUAACAACAAUAGCAAGAGCUAACGAUGAUCAAUGAUGAGCAGCAGCAUUUGCAUUUGCUUAACUUAAGUUAAAAAUGAGUAUAAACAAAAAAGGAGAUAUAAUUUUAGUGCACAUUGCCAGCUAGACAAUGGUGUUUGGCUAUAGUUUGCAAAUGGGGGCGUGCACUAUCUGUUCAUUCAGUUCUUACUAUUCGUAAAUAUGCCCCUCCUUGUUUCAUACAUACUACAUUCGUAUAUGCACAAAAGUAAGAGCGUACUUUUCACACACACCAAACAAACACCUUCUUUAAUUGCUAUGUUAUAAACGUAUUGCCAAAUUUUGUAUAAUUUGUCUGUUUGGCUCUAAAUAAUUUAAGCAAAUGUCAUAGUUUUGUAAUAGUUUUCUUUAUUAUCAUUAAGCCCUUGUUUCCCUUGUUUUCAAUACUAUAUUAUUAUCUUUUUUUUCUUACUAAAUAUAUAUGUGCAUAGAUUGUAUUGAUAUUUUUGUAAACACAAGUAUCUUUUCAUUUGUGCUUUAGCCUAAAAUCUAAACCCAAGUAUUUUCAUGUUUCCUUGUCAAUCUAAAACAAAAACAAAAGAAGAGAGAAUGAAAAAAAGAGUAUUAAUCAAGUCUGGGCAUGUUGCUUAUAGUUAUAGCAGCGAUUAUAAAUCGCCUGGGCAUUUGUCUGUGUGCGAGUGCGAGUGUGUGUGUGUGCGUGUGCGUGUGCGUGUAUGUGGGCGUGUGUGUGUUUGUGUGCUUGUGCGAAAGAGACAAUGAGUGAGCUGCAUAGUUAAAAGUGAAAUAAAUACAUACAUACAUACUUAUAUAGAUAAUGAUUUGUGCUAACUAAGUUAGUUGUCUGCAGCUGCGUUUGCUAGUUCAUAUUGCAAUACAUGACUGCCCAUAAUUUUAAGCCUACUCCAUUAAAACAUAAAUCAAUACAACAGCAACAGCAACAACAACAAUCAAAACUCUUGUUAACGUUGUGCAUAUUGAAGAAUUCAAUAAACAUUAAUUGUAUGUAUCUA